AGUGUUUCCAGUGUAGUUGUUGGAACACAUGUUUGGGUUGAGGAUCCUGUGGUAGCUUGGAUAGAUGGAGAGGUUGUUGAAAUCAAUGGUGGAGAUAUUACAGUCAACUGUACAUCAGGGGCAAUUAUUAAGUACAAGAGUUUUGAUAAAGUUGAAGAGAGAAAGUGGUGGCACAUUCCAAUAAUUACAGAACUUCUUGAGAAGAAUGGUCUUGAAUCUGCACUGAAGAUAGUUCUUGGCAGAGAGAUGGUGCAAGCACGUCAGUUUGUACAUUUUGCUUUUCCAUGGCUUAAGUGGACUGAUCAAAGUAAUGACACUGGAAUUUGGAAGGAUCAGGCUUCAAAUGAAACUGAAGCAAUAGGAAAACAUAGUGAUCAUUCAGGAGAUUUCGAUGGUCCUUCAGGAUUAGAUAGAUCUAUAAACUAUUCAAACCAGUCAGACAGUUAUCCAGAUCCAGAGUGCUCCACAAAUUGCUCAAACCUUGAUGAACAUAAAUCUUCAGAUAUUGAAGUUGUUGAAGCCUCACUGUCUGAUAAACAUUUUUGGAAAAACAUUGCUGAUAUUGUGAAUCAUAAUGUUGUUCAGAGAAUUGGUUUUCCUGCUUUUGAUAAAAUAAGGCAGCCUUACCCCAAGAAAGGCUUAGAAAAGGCUGCUUCCAUUAGACCAUUGAUGCAUUGCUGCAUUGCUGCAUUCACCACCGAGAGUCCAAGAACAUCACAGAAGAAGAAAAGUGGCAACUUACUAAUCUCACGCAGUAGCAUCUAAAUGUGGUAAAUAAGACUUGCAUAGGGCA